AUGCACUCGUCAACCCUUUACCUCCUUUCCCUACCUCUAGUCGCACGAGCCGUGACGCCUCCCAGCUACAACGGCUUCACCCUGCGCUGGUCCGACGGAUUCGGCGGUGCGGCGGGCUCAUCUCCAAAUCCGUCAAACUGGAACAUCAUCACGGGCAACCUGGGCGUCAAUAAUGAGCUGGAGACGUACAGUUCCUCCUCGCGCAACGUCCAGAUCUCAGGCGGCAACACGGUGCAGCUGGUGCCAUGGCGCGACGGUUCCGUCAGCGGCGGCUGGACCUCGGGCCGCAUUGAGAGCAAGUACACCGUCACUCCGGAUGCCGGAAGGGUGACGAGGGUAGAGGCUCAGGUCAGGUUUGGCACCAACGACCCGUCCCGUAAGCAGGGCAUGUGGCCCGCCUUCUGGAUGUUGGGGCAGGCUCUACGCCAGGGCACCGGCUGGCCUGCAUGUGGCGAGCUGGAUAUUCUUGAGACAGUCAGCGGAAGGUUGACCGGCUAUGGGACGGUGCACUGUGAUGUCUACCCCGGCGGUAUCUGCAACGAAGGCAAUGGUAUUGGCUCCAGCAUCGGGAUCCCUGAUCAGAGCUGGCAUACGUGGAGGCUUGAGUGGGACCGCACCAGUAACAACUGGCAGACCGAAGCGAUUCGCUGGUCCAUGGAUGGCAACGUAUAUCAGACCUUGACUGGUAGCCGCAUCGGCAACCAAAACGUGUGGAACAGCCUCGCCCACAGCCCCUUCUACUUCAUUCUCAACAUGGCCGUUGGGGGUAACUGGCCUGGCUACCCAGAUGGCAACACUCUCGACGGCUACGGCAGCAUGAUGGAGGUCGCGUACGUGGCCCACUACGCUCAGGCUGGCAGCCUUAGCGAGUCCGAGUCUCACGACGAGCUUUGA